CACCGCCGAGCAGUGUCACGUUCCCUCCAUCACUUCAGGUUGUGUCUUGAGGAAUAAUUGUGUAGAUUGUUGUUUUUCUUUGGCAAAAAAAAAAACGAGAGGAGGGGAUUUGAUCAUACAUUCCGUUCAAUGUUUGGUGUCAUAGCCUAGCUGUUUGUUUGUUUUUUGGUGAGCAUCUGGGCUAUUCGAUACAUUUUUCUUUAAUCCGAUAUUUUCUUGGGAGAUGGAAAUGAGAUGUCGUCCAACGGUGAUGUGCUGCUCUGUGUUCGCGAUGCUGUGCGCUACCAUGGUCCCCCGGUCCGCGGGUCUCUCCUACGGGGACAGACAGUACCUCAACGAGUGGGCUGUGGAGGUCCCCGGUGGACUUCGCGCUGCCGACACGAUCGCCAAAGAACUGGACUACGAAUUAGUUCGACAGAUUGGGGCCCUGGAAAACCAUUUCCUGUUCAAACACCGAAGCCAUCCUAGCAGGAUGAGGAGGAGUGCCAACCACAUCACCAAGAGGCUGUCUGAGGACGACCGCGUGUCCUGGGCUGAACAGCAGUAUGAGAAGAGGCGGAACAAGCGAGCCUCCAUCGGGGGCUGCGAGGACUGCCCCGUUGACAAGCUGUUCGACGACCCCAUGUGGAACCAGCAGUGGUACCUGCAAGACACGCGGAGGUCCUCCUCGCUGCCCAAGCUGGACCUGCACGUCAUCCCCGUGUGGAGGAAGGGCAUCACGGGGAAGGGCGUGGUCAUCACAGUCCUGGACGACGGCCUGGAGUGGAACCACACCGACAUCCACCCCAACUACGACGCAGCAGCCAGCUACGACUUCAACGACAACGACCCGGACCCGUUCCCACGCUACGACUCCACCAACGAGAACAAGCACGGCACGCGAUGCGCUGGGGAGAUUGCCAUGCAGGCAGACAACAAUAAAUGUGGUGUUGGAGUUGCGUACAACUCCAAAGUUGGAGGGAUCCGCAUGCUGGAUGGGAUCGUGACGGACGCCAUCGAGGCCAGCUCCAUCGGGUUCAACCCGGACCACGUGGACAUCUACAGCGCCAGCUGGGGACCCAACGACGACGGCAAGACCGUGGAGGGGCCCGGCCGUCUGGCGCAGAAGGCCUUUGAGUACGGCAUACUGAAGGGCCGCGGGGGGAAGGGCUCCAUCUUCGUGUGGGCGUCGGGCAACGGCGGUCGGCAAGGAGAUAACUGUGACUGUGACGGCUACACCGAUAGCAUCUACACCAUCUCUAUCAGCAGUGCCUCCCAGCAAGGCCUGUCCCCCUGGUACGCAGAGAAGUGCUCCUCCACCCUGGCCACUGCCUACAGCAGCGGGGACUACACCGACCAGCGCAUCACGAGUGCUGAUUUACAUAAUGAGUGCACUGAGACUCAUACUGGAACCUCUGCGUCUGCCCCACUGGCUGCUGGGAUAUUUGCCCUGGCACUGGAACAAAACCCGGAGCUGACCUGGAGGGACCUGCAGCACAUUGUGGUGUGGACCUCAGAGUUUGACCCCCUGGCCAACAACCCGGGCUGGAAGAGGAACGGCGCGGGGCUAAUGGUUAACAGUCGCUUUGGCUUCGGCCUCCUCAACGCAAAGGCCCUGGUGGACCUAGCCGACCCGGCCACCUGGAAACACGUCCCUGAGAAGAAGCAGUGCAUCGUCAGAGACGACUCCUUCCAGCCCAGGGCUCUGAAAGCGGCGGGGGAGAUCACAAUAGAGAUCCCCACCAAGGCCUGUGGCGGGCAGCCCAACGCGGUCCACUCCCUGGAACACGUGCAGGUGGAGGCCAGCAUCGAGUACACAAGGAGGGGGGACCUGCACAUCACCCUCACCUCGCCGUCAGGCACUACCACCGUGCUUCUAGCGGAGAGAGAAAGAGACACAUCCUCCAACGGCUUCCGGAACUGGGACUUCAUGUCCGUCCACACCUGGGGAGAAGACCCUGCAGGAACCUGGACCCUGAAGAUCACGGACACUUCCGGCCGUAUGGAGAACGAGGGUCGGAUCCUGAGCUGGAAGCUGAUCCUCCACGGGACGUCGGAGAAGCCCGAGCACAUGAAGACGCCCAGGGUGUACGUGCCCUACAACGCCGUGCAGAACGACCGGCGCGGGGUGGAGCACAUGGACACCAUGAUGGAGGAGCCCACUCAGGCCCACCCUCCACAGGAGGCCCCAGAUGCUCCCGCCUCUGCAGUGGCCGCGCAGGUCCAAAACGAGUCCUCCAGGGACACAGCGUCCUCCGCUUACUCCCCCACCCUGGCCCUGCUGCGUCUCCUACAGACGGCCUUCAACCGGCAGAGCCCAGCCUCCCAGCCCCACUCUCAAGCCAGGAAGCAGCAGCAGCAGCAACAGCGUCCUGACAAUGUCCUGCCAGCAGCACCAGCCACCCGUCUACCACCACAGCAGCUGUACCAGGCCCUGGACAGGAUCAACAAGUACCAGGGCAGAGAGGACAGCCUCUACAGUGACUACAGCGACCGGUUCUACAGCUCCAAGCCGUACAGGCAUAGGGAUGACCGCUUGCUGCAGGCCAUGCUGGACAUGAUCUCCGAUGAUAGCCAGUGAAGAACUUAGCAAGGUAGGGGAGAGAAGGGGGGGAGAGGAGAGGAGAGGCAGGGAGGACAGGGGAGACAGAGAGAGGAGAGGAUAAGACAGAGAGGAAGUUAGUGAUGAAUGUACGUGAAGAAAAGGGUAAGGGAGAACGAGAGGGGAGGAGAGCGAAUAAUGUAAUAGGGUAGUAAGAGGAGCUUAAAGGAAGCAAAGGGGGUGUAUUCUUUCAGUUCAUAUCAUUUCCUCAAAGCUGUAUUUCUGAUAUACUAUUAUUGCAAAUCCAGGCAUGCCAAGCAAGGUUUCAUACACUUCAGUUCUCCUUAUGUGAUUUGAAUCAUAUAUAUAUAUUAUGUUCUCUAAGUAUACCUCAACGAUUACAACUUCUGCUCCAAAUAUACUUUCGAUACCAGAUAGCUAAAACACAAACUGAUCUUCUGAUAGAGGAGGGGGAUGUGGCUCAGAGGCCCGGUCUCUCUUACCUUCACAGUCGAGGGGGAAAGCACGUCAUCUUUAGGAUCCAGGUUUCUUGUCAAUCAUAGGGAUCAUUUAGUUUUUACCAUAAGGCCAUGAUUGUAAUUUGUUUUUGAGGACACUUUAAAUUAUAAAACAUCUCCCUCGAAACGCAAAUAAUCAUGAGGUUUAAUUCAUGGGUGAUGUCAUACUGCCAAACAAACCCUAACUAUAUUGUAUAAUGCUCACAUCACACGGUUUGGGUCAUGAAUGAUAGUUAUUUCCAAACCAAAUUGUAAAUUGCAAACAACACAUUUUUUCAUUUACUCAUUUACUUUCAUUUAAUUUACUUAAUAAUCUCAGGGGAGGCGAAUAAAGGGAUUUUAACGUGUUCUGUCUUCUCCGGAGUAUUGAAUAAUCUAUAUUUAUGAAUGUUUAGAAACUAGAAGAGCAUGCAGGUAUGACACGUCCGUUGCACCAACAUACUAUGACACUCGAUUACGUUUUGAAAACCAUUGGUCAUUGGGUGUUCUGCUAAUGAGUUGGAAAGAACCAGUCGGAAGGUUUCUCAGUCCACCACUACUGAAAGGACUCUCCUACUUCUUGUGCAAUCUUAUUUAUUUUGUAUGAGUACAAUGCUGCAUUCAAAUAAAUAUUUUUCUAGAGAUUCCAAAUAGUUUAUGAGAGUAAAAUAUAUAUACAAACAUAUGAACCCUCGCUCAGUUUAUUUUACGUUAUAUAAGUGUAGUGUUCUCAAGUUAAUGUGUGUCGAGAUUAUGAAUAGCACUCAUUGAUACUAAUAAACACUGCCAAACAUUAGUUUGUCAAAAGGCUUCGGUCAAUUUUGGUGACCAUGCAAAAUAUGAUAUUUGCUCACAUACAAGCUAAACAAUGCCACCAAUUCAAAACCUUAGCAUUAACAUGCACAAGUCCACUCUCUGAUAUUUAUUUAUUUGGUAUUAUAAAGUAAAAACCUAUCAGAGUUGUGUGGAAGUGACCAGCAAUGUGCUAGUAUGGGGCUCUGCAUUGACACCUUCAAGCACUUUGAUCUUCUCAUAUCGCCUUAAUGAUGCUGUGAUGACCUCACCUAUUUCUUUUAAUGGUUGUAUAGCAAUUCAUUCAUUCAUAUUACAAUCAAAGUGUUUUCUUGUGAAGUGAUGAAGCCUGUAUGCAGAGUAGGCCUACCAAUUAUAUUGCUGAUUUGCAUUUAGAUUUCGAUUUAACAACAGUUUUGGUAAUGGUUUGGGACUUGCCUUCCUGGUGACUUGUUUCUCUUGCCCUGCGCCAACAAGGUGAACAUGAAGAUGUUUGGAAAAAAUUGUUUACAUUUUGCCUUGUAAUUUAACCAUCCCUUAGAGUAGCCGGUGCUGUUUAUGAGUUUGAAUCAAUGCUUCUGUCCAAAUUUGUUUAUUCAAGACAAACGUUGCAAUGUAUGUAUGGAUGUACAAAAAAUAAUUUAUUGUAAUAAACCGCAAA